GACUGCAAGCGCUUAUGUCUGUGGGCAGACUCGUAGCUGGAGGCGGACCCUCUGAGCGUAUGCCACACGGAUAUCUGGUCAUCCCCCUGUUACCCCCCCCCCUUGCCCCCCAAACACAACGGUCCCUGCACAGACCUGUUAUUUCUCUGUGCAUUUUGCACGCCUUUUUGCCCGUGCCUGCGUAUCUUUCUCUCUCUCUCUCUCUCUCUCUCUCCCUCCCUCCUCCAUGGCUUCUUCACUCUCCAUCCUCGGAGCUCAGAGACACUUUGGAUUUAACAUCUAGCCUGGUGGAAUGAAAUAAACGGCUUUUUGGAAUUCUCCUUCACACCGACUCAGGAUAGACGGCACUCGGAGCUGGCUGGGAAAGGGAGGAAUGUGGACGAAAGAGAAAAGGAGCUUGCCUAACGCUGACCUUCUGCCCCACUUGCAGUAAAGAGGCCACUCAGAUCUGACCAGGUGUGCUUCUGUUGUCUGUAACAGGUAGGAUGGUGGCCGGGGAGGCAAGCGGGCAUAGCUACCUGGUGGCUUGCUGGCAGCCCAUCCUGAUCUUGAUGCUGGGUACCGUGCUGUCGGGCUCUGCCACAGGCUGCCCAUCCCGUUGUGAGUGCAAUGCCCAGGAGCGCUCGGUUGUGUGUCACCGCAAGAAGCUGAUGGCCGUCCCAGAGGGCAUACCCAGUGAGACUCGCCUCCUGGACCUCAGCAAGAACCGCAUCAAAACCAUCAACCCAGAUGAGUUUGCUGGUUUCCCACAUCUGGAGGAGCUGGAACUAAAUGAGAACACCAUCUCAGCCAUCGAACCAGGGGCCUUCAACAACCUCUAUGGCUUGCGGACGUUGGGGCUACGCAGCAACAAACUGAAGCUCAUUCAGUUGGGUGUGUUCACGGGCCUCAGUAACCUCACCCAGCUCGACAUCAGUGAGAACAAGAUUGUCAUCCUAUUGGACUACAUGUUCCAGGACCUUUACAACCUAAGGUCUCUGGAGGUGGGCGACAACGACCUUGUCUUCAUCUCGCACCGGGCAUUCCACGGCCUCAGCAGCCUGGAGCAUCUCACGCUGGAGAAGUGUAACCUGACUUUUGUGCCCACGGAAGCCUUCACCCACCUCCACAGCCUGAUCUCACUCAGGCUGCGCCACCUCAACAUCAACAUCAUCAGGGAUUACUCCUUCAAGAGGCUGUACCGACUCAAAGUGUUGGAGAUCUCCAACUGGCCAUACCUAGACACAAUGACCUCCAACUGUCUCUAUGGGCUCAACCUCACUUCCCUGACCAUCACAAAUGGCAACCUGACCAGCAUCCCUUACAUAGCCCUCCGGCACCUUGUGUACCUCCGCUUCCUGAACCUGUCCUACAACCCCAUCCACACCAUAGAAGGAAAUAAGUUGCAUGAUCUGAUGAGGCUGCAGGAGUUCCACCUAGUGGGAGGCAGGCUGGCCACAAUUGAGCCUUACGCUUUCCGUGGCAUCAACUACCUUAAAAUCCUGAACGUGUCUGGCAACUCCCUGAGCACCCUGGAGGAGUCGGCUUUCCACUCCGUGGGCAACCUAGAGACCCUGGCCCUGUACGACAACCCCCUAGCCUGUGACUGCCGCCUGCUGUGGGUGUUCCGCCGACGCUGGAGGCUCAACUUCAACCGGCAGCAGCCGACCUGCACCUCGCCAGAGUAUGUUCAAGGCAAGGAGUUCAAGGAUUUCCCAGAUGUCCUCCAGCCCAACUACUUCACCUGCCGCAAGUCUAGGAUCCGGGACCGCAAGGCCCAGCAGAAGUUUGUUGACGAGGGGACCACCGUCCACUUCACAUGCCAGGCAGAUGGUGAUCCCGCACCCGUGAUCAUGUGGCUGUCACCCCGGAAACAGUUCAUCACCACUAAAACCAUUGGCCGGCUUACAGUGUUCCCUGAUGGUACCCUGGAGGUGCGGUAUGCCCAGAUCCAGGACAAUGGCACAUAUGCAUGCAUCGCCAGCAAUGCAGGGGGCAAUGACACAGCACUGGCCCAUCUGCAUGUGCACAGCUACUCACCUGACUGGCCCCACCAGCCCAACAAAACCUUUGCUUUCAUCUCCAACCAACCCAACGACAACGGCGCUAAUGGGACCCGUGCCACAGUCCCCUUCCCCUUCGAUAUAAAGACAUUGAUCAUUGCCACCACCAUGGGAUUCAUUUCCUUCCUCGGCGUCGUCCUGUUCUGCCUGGUGCUUCUCUUUCUCUGGAGCAGAGGCAAGGGCAACACCAAGCACAACAUCGAGAUUGAGUAUGUGCCCCGCAAGUCAGAUGCUGGCAUGAGCAGCAGUGCAGCAGAUGCUCCCCGCAAGUUCAACAUGAAAAUGAUCUGAAAGAUGUACUAGGAAAAAGAGGACCUACAAAAAUGGAAACAGUAAAAAAAAAAAAAAAGAAUAAUACAUGAAUAAGUGAAUCCUCCUUACAAAAAAAUAAAUUAAUUAAAAAGCCCUGGAUCCUGAGACAUUAUCCAUAGAGUAACCGAUUGUUUUUUCCCCCAACUUGGAAGAUGGGAAGGAGAUGCUCUUUUCUUUUAUUAUAUAUUGAAUUUAAGGGAAGGAGUGAAAUAUAGCACAGCAGAGAUCCCUCCUCUAUGUUCAUUCCUACAAGGCCUUCAGGGACUGUUCCUUUGAAAGCAAGCUUUGUUGCAAGGGAUUCAGAUUCCAAUGGAUUUUUAAGGGGAAAACAAUUUUAAAAAAGGAGCGAACCCUUCAAAAUGUCCUUUUCAUCAGCUGAAAUACAAAAGACAAAUCAUCCUUCUCCUUUGCUGUCCUUUCGCUUGUUGUUAUUUUUUACAGUUUUUUUUCACCCAUGUUAUUUUUAUAAAAGUGGGAGCAUACUUUAUGUUUUACAGAAAAGGUGCAUAGUCAAUCUUUCUUGAUGGGUUCUUGGUUUUGGGUUGGUGAGCACAUUACGCCAUUUUGCUAUGUUAGGUGCAGAACAUCAGAAAUGUGUUCAUGUUACACCAAACAAUAAAAUCCGUUUUCUAGAAUUUAAGUCACAGGCAGAAGUUGUUAGAAAAUGAGGUUGUAUAAAAGUGCAAUGUUGUAAACCAGGGCUUUGUAAUCAAGACUCCCACCAAGGUCAUUUCUCUAUUAUGAAUCAUAUAAAAUAAAAUAAAAUAAUUUCAGCUUUAAAGUCUGCACUUUACUUUUCUGCCAAAGUGAAUAAUCAGAUCAUGUCAGAAACUGAUUCUGCUCUUUUGAGCUUGGUGAAAUUGUUAUAAAAAUAGGUCACGUGUUGGUAUCCCAAAAGCUCCAAAUAUUUGAUGUCUCGCUUUUGUGUGUCAGAUUCCCAUACAGGAAAUUGAGGUCUCUGUGUGGGGAUGUUCUCCCUUGCGCAAUAAGGUACUGGCAAAGUGCCACACAGGAAUGACCUCUUCAGACUAGAGUUCACAAGGCAAUAAUGCCACCUGUGGUAGAGGAGCUGAUGUUGACAUUCAUUAUGUUAGAUGUAGGCCAACCAGCAUUAUUUGUGGUACACUGAAGAGCUUUGCGCAAAACCUUUGACCUCUGCUCAUAAAUAUUUGUUUUUGUAAAUGUCUGUGAUUUUUUCAAGAAUAUUUUAGAGGGAAAUUUGUUAAUGAAAAAUGCAACAGAUUCUGUAUUUAACUUCAGUAAUUAUAAAACUUCAGGGAGAGGCGAGACAAGUCAAGACAAAAUCAAAUGUGCGAUCAACAUAUGAGUUUUCAUGUCUAUUUGAAAAGGAAUAUGACAUUAAUGAUAUUCCAAUGCCAUUGAAAAAUUGAGGAAAUUUGCUGCAAGCAUGAAGAGAUUCCUUAUAUUUCUUUAAAAAAAAUAACAUUAGCUGGGCAACCUCAAAACGGCUUUCUUUCAAAUCAUCCACAGUUGUCAUCUAACAUAAGCCUCCUUUGUUUGACAUGAGCAGGAUCCAGCAGCCAUGACUCCAUCAUCAUUUCUGCAUUAUGACCUAAUCUUUGGAAGAUACUUCAAAGCAAAUUGGCUGGUUGCCUUCACAGCUCUGGUUUUGUGUGAGUUCAUUUCAGAGUUACAAAUGGCCAUUUGAUCCUUUCAAUUGCAGUGUGUGGAUUUUUUUCUCCUUUUCUUAUCUUAUAUUUGUUCAACCAAAACCACAUUUCAACAUAGUGAUGGCUCUUUUUAUUAGGUUAAAUGUACAGUCUACCUAUUUUUCUUUUACUCCACAAGACCCAUGUCAUACUUUCAUACGCCCAGCUUUUCACUGAUGGUAAUGUGUUCACCAAUCCUUCAAAGGGUCCCAGUGCUGAAUCUCAAAUCACAGAAUUUGAGAAAGCAGAUGUGAACAAGAGGAGUUGCCUCCUUAAGAACUGAUCUUUUUUCAGGCUCUUCUUUAAGUCCAAACAUACCAAGGAACUGCAGCUCUAUGUUUCUUUACCAUUUGUGAUUCUCUAAACAUGAAGGAUGUGAACCAUGGUUUAAAAAAAAAAACAAACAAAAUAUUUCAACUGAUGAUGACUGUAGUUGUAUAUAAAAAUCUUUACGUUUUCCAGCACACACCGUGGACAGCUGGAUGGCGUGGAUGUUGGCAAAGGGCAGAGUUAUUUACUAUGAGUGACAAUAAAAAAUCAAGCCAAGCUAAUGGGUUGGAAGUAUGGAUUGAAUUUGCAGAUAGAGAGCAACAUAGAUGGUUUGACCAGUAGUGGGUUGACCAAUAGAGGAUUGAGAGUAAUCUUUUUUCCACAGAACCACCGGACAUACCGGUCUGCAUACUGCUCUAAUGUGCUGAUAUAAAUGAUAUAAUGUUCUUUUUGUCUAAAGUGUGGCUACUGUAUUGAGCCCUCCUGCCCCAUUUUGAUUCAGAAAUUGAUUAGAUUUGAUUUUUUUUUUCUUUUUUAAUGCUAA